UAUAAAUAACGGUACAAAAAUCCUUCUUCACAAAUAAAAUCCACUGAAAACCUUUCUGCUUCUUCUUCUUCUUCUUCUCACAGUUCCUCCCAUUACCACCGGUUGUCUCAGCAACCACUCCUCCAAGCUCCAACCGCCGCUCCUCCGCCCCGAUGGAUUUAGAAAGCACAUUGGAAGCUACUCAAACCAACAUAAAUUGGGAAAUCGAAUCUUUUUUCAAGUCGGCUCCUCCUUUAAGGAACAGUGCUGAUAUCAGUGAAAAGCUAGAAAAUUUUAUCAAAAGAAAUGAGAUGGCAUCUGGAAAUGGAGGAGCUAGGAGGAGGGUUGUGUGUGUGACAUCGGGUGGAACUACUGUUCCCCUAGAGCAACGGUGUGUUCGGUACAUUGAUAAUUUCAGCUCAGGCCAUAGAGGAGCAACAUCCACGGAGUAUUUUGUGAAGGCUGGAUAUGCUGUUAUCUUUCUACAUCGGAGGGGAACCUUCCAACCCUUUUGUCGGUCUCUUCCGGAUGAUCCCUUGCUAGAAUGUUUUGAGUCAAUUGAUGGGACAAACAUUAAAGUACACAAAUUAUAUUCUGAAGCAGUAGAAAGGGCCAUUGCUGAGCAUCAUUCUGCUGUGAAAAAAGGCUUCUUGUUGAAACUUCCUUUCACAACUAUAUUUGAGUAUCUUCAGAUGUUGCGGAUGAUUGCUUUGUCCACCAGCAAUCUUGGACCAAAUGCAAUGUUUUAUCUUGCAGCUGCCGUUUCUGACUUCUAUGUUCCUUGGCAAAGCAUGGCAGAACAUAAGAUUCAAUCAGCAUCUGGCCCUUUGAACAUGCAACUUGCUCAAGUGCCAAAGAUGUUACCAGUGCUCAGGCAACAGUGGGCUCCAAAAGCUUUUCUCAUUUCAUUCAAGCUAGAGACAGAUUCAAAGAUUCUUUUGAAGAAAGCAGUUGCAGCUCUUGAAAAGUACAAGAUGGAUAUGGUGGUAGCAAACGAGCUGUUAACUCGCAAAGAGGAGGUCGUGGUUGUCACAAGCAGUGAAAAUAUUACAGUUCGCAGAGACAAGAAUGCGGGUGUUGAUGACGUAGAAGAUCCCCUAAUUCAACUUCUUGUUGAAAGACAUUCAACACAUAUUAACACCAAUUCUUCUUCUGUUCUAUGAUAUCUCAGUCUCAAAUUAUUAAUUUGUAUUGGAAUUGGAGUUUGUAUUUUUGCAAUGACAAGCAAGUUCGGUGUCAUUGUCACUAGCAAUAAUAAAAUGUUUUCUUUGAAUUUAUGGAGGAAA